UCCCUGGUGGAGUCUGGCUUCCGAUUUCGGAAGAAAAAAAAGGGUCCGACGGCCUCGGGAAUGGGCGAUGGUCGGGGGAUAGCCGGCGGCAGUGGCGGCGGAGGAAGCAACCGGCCGGCGUGGCUACAGCAAUACGACCUCGUUGGAAAGAUUGGAGAGGGAACAUACGGGCUCGUGUUUCUGGCCAAGACCAAACUGCGCAAGUGCUGCAUCGCCAUCAAGAAGUUCAAGCAGUCGAAGGACGGAGAUGGCGUCUCCCCCACUGCUAUUCGUGAGAUUAUGUUGUUGCGGGAGAUUUCACAGGAGAAUGUUGUGAAACUUGUUAAUGUACACAUCAACCAUGCUGACAUGUCACUGUACCUGGCAUUUGACUAUGCUGAUCAUGACCUAUAUGAAAUCAUAAGAUAUCAUCGUGAGAAGCUUAACCAUUCUAUUAAUCAGUAUACUGUCAAGUCAUUGCUCUGGCAGCUGCUAAAUGGGCUGAACUAUCUGCACAGCAAUUGGAUUAUUCAUCGUGAUCUCAAGCCUUCUAAUAUAUUGGUGAUGGGUGAAGGGGAGGAACAAGGAGUUGUAAAGAUUGCUGAUUUUGGACUUGCUAGGAUUUACCAAGCUCCCUUGAAGGCUCUUUAUGAGAAUGGGGUUGUUGUAACUAUUUGGUAUCGAGCUCCUGAGCUUCUCCUUGGAGGAAAGCACUAUACGAGUGCUGUUGAUAUGUGGGCGGUGGGUUGUAUUUUUGCUGAACUACUGACGCUUAAGCCAUUGUUUCAAGGGGCGGAAGUCAAAGGCACGCCUAAUCCUUUCCAGGCUGAUCAGCUGGACAAGAUUUUCAAGGUAUUAGGGAACCCUAACCCUGAAAAGUGGCCUACACUAGUGCAUCUGCCGCAUUAUCAGAGUGAUCAGCAUCAUAUUCAAACGGUUAAGUAUGAAAGCUCAUGCCUCCACAGCUAUGUUCAUUUACCUCCGAAAAGCCCUGCAUAUGAUCUUCUUUCAAAAAUGCUUGAAUAUGAUCCACAGAAACGUAUAACUGCCGCACAGGCUUUGGAACACGAGUACUUCCGUAUUGAUCCUCUACCGGGUCGGAAUGCACUCGUACCAACACAACCUGGAGAGAAAUUUAUCAAUUAUCCUGCUCGUCCUGUUGAUACCUCUACGGAUUUUGAAGGAACAACCAGCAUCCAGCCACCUCAACCGGUAUCAGCAGCAGUUGCUAUUCCUGGGAGUGUUGCAGCUGCAUCAGUUGUGCCUCCUAGAGCUGUUCCACGUCCUAUGCCUAUCAUUGGAAUGCAGAGAAUGCCACAAGCUAGCAUGGCAGCAUUCAACAUUGCCUCCCAAGCUGGCAUUGGGGGACUGAACCCUGGAGGUAUUCCUAUUCAGCGGGGUGCUGCAGCUCAGGCACAUCCACAGCAGUUGAGGAGAAAAGAUCCUGGAAUGGGAAUGCAGAAUACAGGCUACCCCCAACAGAAGAGGCGGUUCUAGUAUAAUAAUAUUCAUCAGCAAAUGGUCCUUAAGGCUUCAGUAUUCUGAGAAAUGUGUGGGCACUUCAACUCUGAUUUGGCACUAUAGCAGUUCAGGACACAUACAAGAAUUUGAGAUGCCUUGCAAAAGUGAAGCAUUCGAAAGACAAAACAUGGAGAUUCUUGGUGAGAGGUUCGUCUCCCGAUACGAAGACGAAGUGUGUCGCAUUUUCCAUAUCCCUCAAUUCAACACACUUAUUAUUGGAUCUGAAUCUUUCCAUGGGUGACAUAGAAAGAGAGAUUAAAGUGAGAACUAAUGUGAUUUUACUGUUGUUAGAAAGUACAAUUGUGGAGUAUGAUUUAAUGUUCUAAACAUCCUGUCCCCCACCUUCAUAGGUUUGUGCCAAUUUACAAUGCAUGUAAAAUGAACAUGUCUAGUUAGCUUGUAGUUUUUAAAAUACAAAGAAUUCCACAAAUUUGAGUGGACGAAUUCUGAUGAAGCUUCUGGUGCUUCAUUUUUAGUUGGCAAGUAGCUACUCAGGCAAGCUAAUUUGACAAGGUUAAAUGAGCAUUGUUAUUUGUGAUUGAAAACAUAUGUCAAAUGGUUUUUUGAUAGUUUGAACUAGGCAACAUGUUACCAUCAUGUCACCAACUUGUUUUGUAUAUAUGGAAAUU